CACCGCAUUGUUGUCGUCCAUGGCUGUUGUGGUGUGCCAUGUGAGUGCCGCUUGCAGAAGCGUCAUGUACGAAAACGGAGUUUAGAGCACGCUUGAUACUUGUGUAUCGUGGAGUUACACUUGUCGCGUCUGCUGUGGGCACCUCCAUUGCCUCCUGUCUGGUAGCCAUGUCGAACAACAGCGUGGCCGUCUGCGUUGAGGCUUGCCAGGAGUACCAAGUGCAGGAGAUCACCUACGAUGGCCAGGAGGUCUAUGUGCAGCCAUGUUCCAUGUCAGAAAACCUCACCAAGUUGGCGCAGAAGAUCGACUUUGGCCAAGCAGUAGACGAGCAGCAGAGCGCUGUGGAGAAGGCAUCUUUUCAGCCUUCACUCUGGCCGUGGGAUUCUGUUCGCACCAAGCUCAGGUCAGCCCUGAUGGAGGUGAGUGUGCUGUGUGAUGUGCUGAGCAUUGCCCGCCAGAAGCACUACCUUGUGCUGGAUCCAGUCUCCCAGGAACCACCUGAGCAUCGACCAGUGGCCGUGUUGGUCGCCAAAAAGAAGGCCCUGGCAGCUGCGGCAGGUGUGCUGCUCUCGGGGGCCGAAUCCUUGCGGGGAGCGGCAGCCGAUCCGACUGGCCUGUCCAGCCCCCGGGGUGCAGGGAGUGUGACACAGGCCUUGCCACAGCAGCGCCUGGCCCCCGACUUUCAUGCCGAGCUGCUGCACAUGCGCCAGAACUGGCGCCUGCGCAAAGUAGGCACCACCAUCCUCGGGGACCUGUCCUACCGCAGUGCGGGCUCCCGUUUCUGGCAGAGUGGCACCUUCGAGGUGUCCAAGAGCAGUGAGCCUCGGGCUGGCAGCUCUUUGCAAGUGACACUGCCUUCCGAGCUCGAGGGCAUCUCCUACAUUCAAGUCACCAUCCAGAAAGACACGGAGACCAUAGCGAGUGGUCAGCUGAGCAUCAACCUGCCGCAGAACGCCUUUUCCAGCCCCGAGACCCACUGGCAGCAGCGUCUGGAGGCUGCGCAGAAUGUGCUCUUCUGCAGGGAGCUCUUUGCUCAGCUGGCACGGGAGGCUGUUCAGCUGCAGCCCUCCAUCCCCAACCUGGUCGUGGGCAACCAGAUCACUGCCGCCCUCUUCCCAGGCGUGCAGCUCUGCAUUGGUCUCUGUCACCGGACACUGCAGGACCGUCAGCCUGCCCUGCCACCCUCACGGUUGGACCACAAACAUGUGCUGGAGCACUCCCUGCACCAGCUGUUGCGAGAGUAUCACUACGCAUUCCUCCACCAAGGUGCACCUCGUCCGGCAUCAGGCCCUGUUGGUGUGCCUCGCAAGCGACACCUAGCGGGGCCACAUGCACACGACCGACAGCGCCUACGCGACUCCCUCCACAGUGAAACCAUCCUGGAGAAGAUCAUUGCCCAGACGCAACAUGUGGCCUUGCGGUUGCGGACCAUGUAUGUGAUUGACCAGUUUGCGUGCGAGGUGAAGGACCCCUUGGUGGUGGCUCACUGGGCCUGCCUGUCCAGCCCCACUCACAACUCGGUCAAGAUCAACAUCCUCUCACAGGGUUACGAGACCAUGUGUCGCACUCCACUGGUUAUUCACGUGGAAGAGCAACGGUUACGAGCUGUGUGUCGUGAUGGCCGAGUCAUCCAACUCUCAUAUGAGCCUCAAGAACUGCGCUUCCUCCUCAUGGCACAGGUGGCUCAACACCAGGUGAGCUCUGUGCAGACCCUAGCCAAGUUUGUGGGCUGGAAGGUGCUCUCCACCUGCAAUAAUGUGGGUGUGGGCCCUCUGGAGGCAUUGGGAAAUGCCAGCUCCAUUCUCAUGGCAUCACCCACAGGAGACAAGUGAGUAGCCUGCUUGUGCAUG